CCGUACAUGUGGUUACGAGUCUCAAAUAUUCUCAAUGGUUACGUUUAGAAAACACAAGUGAGCGGUCAGUGAUUAUUGGUCCUUGCUGUUAGAUCUCUAAAUUUAGACCAAUUAUAUUAGCGAAUUACUCACUGUUGUGCAACGGUGUGUUUUCUGUGAUCACCGCAUUACUGGGUAACAAGUACUUCACAGCUGUGAUCAGCUGUGAUAGUUUCUAACCUCAUGGCUAACGUAAACAAAACUCGGUCUCGCUCAUCCUUCAACAUAGACACGAAAAUAAAAGCAAUCGAGGAUAUUAUAAAAGGUGUACCAACAGCCAAGAUUGCUGCAAACUUACAAUGCAACCCAGCAACCGUUAGAUCGUGGAAGAAAAGACAACAGUCAUUCAAGGAUUCGAUUCAAAACGACACAGAUCUGUCAAAAAAAAGGAUCUGUAAAGUGAAAAAUAGUCGAGUCGAUGAAGCGCUGUGGAUUUGGUAUCAGCAGCAUCAAACUGAAGGAAUACCUCUAAGUGGACCUCUUCUUCGAACGCAAGCUUUGAAAUUCCACGAGCAAUUAGAAAAAUCAAAACAUUUUCAAGCAAGUGAAGGUUGGUUUUCAAAGUGGAAGGAACGUCACAACAUCCGAAAUAUUUCUGUAAGUGACGAAAAAUUAUCAGCAGAUCACACGGCUGCUGAGAAAUUCAAGUUCCAACGAUUAUCGUACACCUAUAGAGGUCUUAUUGUUCCUGUAUUAACUCCUUUUAAUAGUAAUGGAUCUCUAAAUCUGGACAUUAUACCACAAUAUGCGACACACUUGGCAAAGAAAGGAAUUAAAGGUAUACUUGUCAAUGGCACAAGUGGUGAGGGAAUGUCAAUGUCUAUUGAUGAAAGAAAACUUAUUACUGAAGCCUGGGUAAAGGCAGUAAGAGAAACAAAGCAACACCUGAUGAUUCAAGUAGGAGGCGCACCUCUUCCCGAUGUUAUUGAACUUGCGAAACACGCAAACAGUCUGCGUGUAGAUUCUAUACUCUGCUUACCAGAAUUGUACUUCAAGCCUACUACCCCUGAACAACUGAUCGAAUACUUAGAAAUAGUAGGCAAGGCAGCACCAGAGACACCGUUACUAUACUACCACAUUCCUAUGCUAACUAAUGUUAACAUACACAUGGGGCAGUUUCUUGAAUCGAUUGGUGACAAAAUUCCUUCAUUCGUGGGUAUAAAAUUCACGAGUUCCAAUUUAGAGGAAGGAGCACAAGCACUACGUGCCAAUAGUAGGAAAUAUGUUAUUUUUUUAGGCAAUGAUCAGUUAAUAAACGCUGCAUGUGCAUUGGGGAUGGAUUCUUUUAUAGUAACCAGCGGAAACAUGUUUCCGGAACUUAUACUGGAUUUACUUGCUGCUUGCAAGAAUGGAGAUACUUUAAGAGCUAAGGAUAUGCAAGAGAAGCUUUCAAGCGCAGUAAUUGUUAUAAUUAAACAUGGUAACUGGGUGGAGACUAUGAAAAUGGCAAUGACUCUUCUUACUGACAUUGAUACAGGACUACCUCGUGCACCGCUUAAAUCUAUUUCUUCGGAAGCUGUAGUAAUUAUGACGAAGGAUUUAACGAACUUAGGAUAUAAACUAAAUUAAAUUGAUAUUACUGACAAUAUAUUAAAAUUAAAUAUUAUUAAGAACAUUUUCUUUCUCUAGGAUAUGGUAUCUAUAUAACUUAUUGUAUUAUAUUAUCAGUUUUUUUUUUUUUUCCAAUAAAAAAACACGUAUAAAUGUUA